CUCACGCUCGAGGUUAACCCGUCAGUCGGUCAGUGUACGCGCGACCGAGUCAGGGGACACGAGCCCCCUCGAGCUCUUUCGUUCGUUCGGUUCGACGUAUACCAUAUUGGUCGUAGAGCCAACUCUCGCCAGAGCGUACCAGCUAUAUCUCUCUUGUUCGAGCAACGCGAGUUUUGGUUUUUUUAUUUGCAAGUGUCGAUCGAGUGGCCCAUCGUACGAUGAUAGAAAUAACAAAAUUGACAUCCACGUAUUGCUCGAUCCUUGGCCUUGUUGCGCAUUGGUUGGACAAUUGCGUUGGAGUGACGGGUAGAUUUUGAAGAAUCGAUUCUCGACGAAAAAUUAACACUACAGCCCGUCGUGCGUGUGCUCGUUAUUGUCCCGCGCAAGUGAACAGUGCCGGGCCUGAUGGUGUAGCAAAUAAAUUCCAUCGCGUUACCUGUAUACACUCUUUGAGUUUACUCGUUCGCUGUCCACUUACCACAAAUAUUUUUUUUUUUUUUUCCCCUCAUUUUUACAGUAGUAAGGACACUUAUUUGACGGUUGUCUAUGUGAAGCGAGUGAUUUCAACAACGCAAGCCAAUUCCGCGGCUGACAUGCAGCUUGGAUGCAAAAAUAAUGCAGCUGCGUUACUUGCGCGUUUCAGUGUCGGUGUACGACAGCACAUUCUUUGCUCGUGGCUAUAGUUGGCGUGUUUUCUGGUGACUGGAAGAAAACAAUAAAACUCGGGUCGCACUCGUCAACAAGGAUAUUUAUUAUAUUAUCGUAUGGUACUUACACAGAAUAUCGAGCAAUGAGCAGGGGUGCACCAGUCGUCAAAGUUCAUUGAUCUCGUCUCUCGGCAACCGCCAAUACAUCGCGGCAGGAGCUGCGAUGGGGGUCAAAGUGCGAUUUUCCGGUGGCCCAACUGGAUUGUUGCUACGAUCGAUCCUCGCGGUCCUAACGUUGCCCCUGGCUGUGCCAGGAGCCCGAGCAAUCAACAUAACGACGGUCGUGAUACCGAGCUUGAUAAAGGCCGGCAGCCCGGAGCCGGUGAUUCUCGACUGCAAGUACGAGCUGAGCAGUUCGCUGACCAAGGGUCUGGUGAUCAAGUGGUACGUCAACCAGGACCUGAUCUACCAGUGGAUCUUCGGGAGUAAGCCCUCUGGCUCGGAUGAGUUCCAAAAGUACAUAGACGAUACGUUCAAGGCGAGCGACGAGCCACACAGCAUGUACAGGGCGGUCAAACUCGUGAGGCCCAGUCACGAGCUCAGCGGUGACGUCAAGUGUCUCGUAUCGACCAUGUACGACGAGGUCCAGGCUGUUAGGAAAAUGCUCGUUUACUCUCCGGAAAAGAGUUUCAAAUUUCUCGACCCCGUACCAAACAAUGCCACAAACGAGCUCACCUUUGCUUGUCUGGCGGAAGAUCUGUAUCCACGGCCUCAAAUUAAAAUUAAGUUGCAUCGAAACAGGAAACCAAUGGACAUCGCUUAUAAAGAAUACUACGAGAGCAAAUUGGACGGACGGUACAAGGCUAAAGCCGCGGCAGCGAUCAAAGCUGACAAAAUAGAGCUGCCAGCGAUAUUUCAAUGCGAGAUUUCCAUCCCGGAAGCCAAUUAUACGUCCGCACAGGAGUACGUCUAUAACGGCAGUCAUGUUCCCUGUCUGUCUUUACUAUUAAUAACACUAAACCUCGUCACGUUAAAGAGGUACUAAUGGAGACAAAAAUUUGUGUCAACAAUAUGUCCAAGUGCCUAUACUAGGAGUCAGUGAGCGGACGGAUACUAAAAUAUGAUAGAAGAUAUUGAAUUUAAUGAUAUACAGAACCUUAUAGUUGAGUAUGUGGAAAGUGAUGAAAUGAUGACGAAUAAAUAAACAAAAAUAGAGGAAUAAAUGGGAAAUAAAUAAUAAUGAUCAUGAAAAACUUUGAUCGUAUUAAAAAGAAAUCUUAAAAAUCACCCAAAAUUAAGGUGUUGCCAAUUUGUGUUUUAAAUAAAUGUUAAUUAAUGUUAAAAUGGAUAUUAUAUAAUGUGUGUGUAAGUGUUCAACAAAAAAAGUUUAGAUAAUUAAUGCUCGUACAAGAGGCUCUGUAUAUAAAUACGUAUAUAUAUAUAUAUACACACCAUCGUUUCACAAAAUUUCAAAUAAUUUUAUGGAUUUGUUGAUAAAUUUUAUAAAUUAGCUGAUUUUUUUUAAACGAUUCAGCCAACAAGAGUCAAGUAGCUUAAAUUAUUUUACGAUUGUUAUUUCAAUAUUAAAGUACGGCUAGAUUAAAAAAAAAAAAAAUCUUUCAACGUAGUCCUUGUUAUUGUUCGGUACUGUAAAUAUAUGAAUGUAUAAAUAUAGUUAUGAAACUCAGUUCAU